CAGUAUAGAAUAAUGAUUCCUAACCAAUUACUAUAGUGUCUGAAUUAUCUUUGCAUGAGUAUGAAAACAGUGUUAAAAACCAAAUUGAAAUUUCAAAAUAAUUUGACCGGUUAACUAUUAAAAUCUUAUAGUUUUUUAACAGUAUAAUCAACAAAAAUGGCUAAUGAAGGUGAAAAUUUUACUGGCAUCAAAAAAUAUUUUAAUAGUACGACCGAUUACGGUCGAGCAAACACUUCGAAAUUGACCCUUAGUCUUCUUGGCAUAGCUAUUUUAUACAACGUUUUGAAACCAAAGAAAAAGCCUGCUGUGGAAAAAUAAGCUGAAAAUAUAUUACGAAGUUGUAGAAGAAAGAUUUAACUUAUGUAACAAUUGUUCGAAUUCUUUUGUGAAUAAUUCAUUGAAAAUUCUCAAAUAAAUGAUAAAAUAAGAACUUCUUAUCUCAAA